AUGUCACAUCUACUACUUAAAAGUUUCGUCUUAUCAAUAAUAGGAUACAUCAUCUCCCACUAUGCAUCAAAUCAAAUUAACAAUCGUUUAAAUUACUAUGGCAAAUCGAAUGAUAUUGAGAAAAUUCUAGUACAAUAUAAUUAUCAUGGUGAUGAAUUCUUCACAAUAUUAAAUGAGGAUGAGAGUUCAGCUAUUACAAAACUAAAAAAACGAGUUGAUAGAUCUAACUUGAGGACUAUCGAAGAUAUUGAGGAUUAUAAAAGAUUGAACAGAAUCAGUAAAUAUGCUUUAGCUUCAAAAAUUAUUUUCAUUAUUACAAUUAUAUUUUUAUCUAUAUUUGGUCUACCUAUUGGUUCUGAUCCAGAUCUUGAAGCACAAUAA